GCGAGGCGCAGGUGGUGGCAGAGGUACGGCGACAUCCGGGAGCGGACGGACGUGCUGGGGAGGCGCGCCAACUUCGUCGCCGCGGAGGCUCGCUCGCGCGCGGCGGCGGUGCGGCGCCAGCUGCGCAACGGCGACUUUGAAGGGGCGACGGGGCGCAUGCUGCGCUCCAAGGCGCCCCCCGCGGUGGCGCGCCGGCUGCUGCCGCAGCGGAAGCGCCGCAUCGGCGGCGCGGAUGGGGGAGAGGUCGGAGUGGACACGAUUGCGCCUGGCGAGUCGGCCGUCUUUGCGUGGGACUUGCCCUACGGCUCGCACAGGCUCGAGGUGCGGGGCGGGGGCGGAGGCGAGGGCGGCGGCGAGGGCGGCGAGGGCGGCGGCGAGGGCGGCGGUGAGGGCGGCGACAAGGGCGGCGAGGGCGGCGAGGGCGGCGAGGGCGGCGAGGGCGGCGGCGCCGGCCCCUCCUCCCCCUCCGCCGCCUGCUCCACCUCCUCGGAGUGGUGGUGCUCGCUCACCUGCACGCGCGCCUUCAACGCGCGGCCGAUCGGCGGGGACUUCGACGUGGAGGUCUCGCUGAUGGACAUCGCAGGCCCGCUCAAGCUGCUCGAGAUCUCCGGGGGCGGACUCCGACCGAGCCGGGCGCCGCGCCGCCGCGCCGGAGGGGGGGGAGGCGGCGCCGUGGCGGCGGCGGGCGGCGGCGGCGGGUCGAGAGGCGGAGAGGGGGGCGCCGCGCCGCUGCUGGCGACGGUCGACUCGUGGGACGCGGGCUCGUCCGAUUGGCUCUCCUCCGACGAGAGCGACGGCGGGCAGGGCUCGGGCCGCUCCGGCGGGGUCCGCGGCGGCCGCGCUCGGUCGCAGGAGAGCGAGCGGCUCUCUGCGUCGGCGCCGCCCGCGCGCCCGCCGCCGCGCCGGCCGAAGCUGGCCGCGGCGGUGGCGCGCACGGACGAGGCUCUGCACGCGGCGGGCGCGGCGGUGCGGCGGGGGGUCGCCGGGGCGGCGGAGGCGUCGCGGCGCGCGGCGGCGGCGGCGCGCGGCGGCGGCGGCGCGGCGGCGCGGGCGGCGGGGCGGGCGGCGCGGCGCGCGCGUGUCGAGUGGCUCAAGUACUUGUCGAUGCUCGAGCGGCUCCGCUCGGCGCCCGAGCCGCUGCCGCUCAUCCUGCUCGAGGCUGCGCGCGGCGGCGGCGGCGGCGGCAGGGGCGGCGGCAUGGUCAAGGUGGACCUGCACGUCGAGCUCGGCAAGCUGCACGUCUCGCUCGUCAACGCGACGCCCGCAGAGCUGCUGCAGCUGUGCGUGUACGGCCUAUGCUGCGACUUUCGGCGCGACCUCGCAAACGCGCUGCAGCCUGUGCUCGAGCUCUCGCUCAGCGCGAGGCACCUGCAGCUCGACAACCAGCUGCUGCACGCCUCGCUGCCCGUCGUGCUCGCGCCGACCGCCGCCGCCUGCAGGCCCGCCGAGGGGGGGCGCGCGAGGGCGCGCGAGGCGGGCGAGCCGGUGGUGCAGCUCUUCCUGCGCCUCAACCGCAUGCGCGGCGUGGACUACUUCCAGAAGCUGGAGCUCAAGCUGGCGCCGCUCUCCCUGAUGGUGGAGGAGUCGCUCGUGCUCGAGCUGCACCGCUUCGUCGCGCCGCUGCUCGGCCUGCCCGCCCUCGCCGACCCGGCGGAGGGGGAGGCAACCUCGCGGGAGGGGUGGGAGUGGCGGCUGCCGCCCUCGUGUGGCUUGGACGCAGGCCAGCUCAUCGCCGUCGCCCUCACCCUCUUCGGCAACAUCGACGCGAUGCCGAUUCGGCUCAAGUCGCACCUCUCCGACUGGUCCGACUUCACCGAGCGGCUAGCGUCCCACUACGUGCUGGUCGCCUCGCCGCACGUGCUCGUGCUGCUCGCGUCGCUGAACAUCACGGGCGGCGUGCCAGGCCUCCUCGCGGCCCUCGUCGGCGCGCUCGCCGAGCCGCUCCGGCUGGGCGGCGCCCUCGCGCUGGGCGGGUCGGAGGACCUCGCCGCCUUGAACGCGUCGCUCGCCGAGCUGGCGCGCAAGGUGGUCCACUUGCCGUCGCUCCUCCUCUACCGCGUCGCCACCGCCGCGUCCGCCCUGCUCUCCUUCGCCACCCUCUCCCCCUCGUACAUCCGCACGCACGCGCUCGGCGUCUACGCGUCGGAGGUCCCGAUCGGGGUCGUCGACGGCGCGUCGGAGGGGGUCGCGAUGCUCCUCGACGGCAUCGUCGGCCUCGGCGGCGUCAUCUCGAAGCCGUACCGCGGCGCGCUCAAGCACGGGCCGCGCGGCUUCGCGAAGGGGCUGGUGCAGGGCGCGCUCUGCGUGCUGCGGCCGCCGAUCGGCGUCCUCGACCUGCUCACAACCCUAGAAGCAGAAUACGGGCUCACAAAGACGGUCGAGGGGCUGAUCCACUCGCCCUUCCUUGGCGCGCAGCACCCUAUCGAGUACCGCGACGGGAUGCGGCUCGAGCAGCGCGUGGCGCUCUCGCCGCGCCGCGUGCGCGUCGACCAGUGGUUCGAUGGCUGCCUCGAGCCGCUCGAGCUGCUCUUCGAGGUGCCGCUCGAGCGGAUGGCGCGCGUCGACCUGCAGGAGCCGUUCACGCACAUCAUCCUCUGGACGUGGACCGAGGUGCGCGUGCUGCGCCGCGCCGGCCUCAACGCGAUCCCGAACAUGGUGCUCGAGCGCCACAUCAAGGGGUCGCGCCCCUCGCAGCUGCGCGCCGCAAAGGAGCACCUGCUGCUACUCGCCAACCAGGAGGAGGUGCCCGCCGCCGUCGCCGAGCAGAUGGCGCCGCUGCGGGUCUGA